CUGCCCUCCGCCGAGCGUCUCGACGUGGGGCGCGUGCGCCGCCCCUGGCGCUGGCGGGGGCAGGAAGAUGGCGGCCGGCCGCGGCGGGGGAUCGUGAGGCGGCGACGGCUGCUUCCGGGGCCGGGGGGACGAGGCGAGACGAGCGGCGGGGCGCGAGGGCGCGGUGCGAGACGCCGGCUGGACGCAUUUCAGAAAGAAGAGAGCCAUGGCCACAGAAAUCGGCUCCCCGCCCCGAUUCUUCCACAUGCCGAGAUUCCAGCACCAGGCGCCUCGGCAGCUCUUCUACAAAAGACCUGAUUUUGCACAGCAGCAAGCAAUGCAACAGCUUACUUUCGAUGGGAAACGUAUGAGAAAAGCUGUGAACCGAAAGACUAUUGAUUACAAUCCCUCUGUAAUUAAAUAUUUGGAGAAUAGAGUCUGGCAAAGAGACCAGAGAGAUAUGCGAGCAAUCCAGCCUGAUGCAGGAUAUUAUAAUGAUUUGGUCCCUCCUAUAGGAAUGCUGAACAACCCUAUGAAUGCUGUAACAACAAAAUUUGUUCGGACUUCUACUAAUAAAGUAAAAUGCCCAGUAUUUGUUGUCAGGUGGACUCCUGAGGGGAGACGCUUGGUUACUGGUGCAUCUAGUGGAGAAUUCACUUUGUGGAAUGGACUGACUUUCAAUUUUGAAACAAUAUUACAGGCUCACGACAGCCCGGUAAGGGCUAUGACUUGGUCACACAAUGAUAUGUGGAUGCUGACAGCAGACCACGGGGGAUAUGUGAAAUACUGGCAGUCCAACAUGAACAACGUCAAGAUGUUCCAGGCACAUAAGGAGGCGAUUAGAGAGGCCAGUUUCUCACCCACGGAUAAUAAAUUUGCUACAUGCUCUGACGACGGCACUGUUAGAAUCUGGGACUUUCUACGUUGCCAUGAGGAGAGAAUUCUUCGAGUACAGAACUGGAACGGCAGAGGCUUUAAGCUGCGAGUGCUGUCCUGCCAGCCAUUGCUGUGGAGAUGUUGCUGCUGCUUCCUGUCUGACAAAACAUCCUGCUUGCUCAGAGGCUUCUUGGCAUGCUGUGUGCUUCUCCCACUGCUGUUUUCUUUUUCCUGCAUCAGGGAAUCCUUCAAGAAAUACACAGCCUUUCUUCCUAAGUGCACUGACUGCAUGCGUUUCAGUCUACAGUUUCAGCAUGAUGGAGUCCGUGCCCAGUAAGCCCAGAUGGAAGUACUGGUAAUGAAGUGUCUGUGUUCUGCACAAUGGUUGGACUUGCAUUAGUGUCUGCAGAAUCUUGACCUGUCAGGUGUAGUCACUGGGACAUGUAGCAAGCCCAUAGCCCUUUACUGAAAGUCAAAGGAGGUUUUAAUAAUGAUAAUUUAUUCCAGAGAAAUUAUUUACUGGAAGUAUCAAGUCAUUUUUAACCCGUUAUGAACUAUUUAAUGGAACAAAAUAUUAUUCUUGUUCCAAUAUCCUGGUUAUAUUUGAACAUCUGAAUUUUUAUUUUUUUUGCAAGAUGACAAAAUGCAGUAAGGAGUUGGCAUGAAGUUUUCCUGAAAAAUGCCAUGUGGGGUUUCUUGAAGCAUUGUACAUCGCAGUGAUCUAACAAAAACAGUUUAGUUACGGUGCCUGGAAAUGAGCAAUUUCAGGAGUUCAUAUCAGAAUUUAAUGUUAUGAGACUGCCAUAGGAGUAACCUUAGAAAUUAAUUUUGCAUUUGCUAGGCAUGAAGAGCAUCAGGUUAUUUCUCCUGCAGUGUCUACUCUUUGCCAUCCUUGCACGGAAUGCAGGGCAGGAGUGAAAAGCAAAUUCAUUUUCUCCAAUUUAGUAUGGUCCAUCACUGUGCUGCCAAUUACUGUGAGCUGGACACCUGCUGAUUUAAGGAACAUGGUGUACCAAUGACGUCCUGUGAAUGGAUCUCCAGCUCCAACCUAUCUGAAUAAAUUACUGGUAGUGAAAGGUGAGCAACUGUAUUCAUCUAGUAGGAGCUCAUCCCUGGCAAGAAAGUUUCUUUUCGUUCACUUAGUAGAAGAAAAGUCCGUUCCUAAAAUCCUGUUAGCUAUACUAGGCUCUAAGUUUACUCAUUUGUACCUGAGAGCAGGAAUAAUGUGUUUUGCUGCUCGUUUUGCAGUAGGAUUUCUGUCAUGCAUAGCUCUCUGAAGGCAUUGUGUAAAAAUGGAACUCCUCGGUGUUUUCUCUUCUGAAAAAGAUGCGCUGAUACAGAAUCACGGUCAGCAUCGCUGUUAUGCUGUCUGGAGGAGUGUAGGAUGCUGCUGAUGGCAUACACAUAAUCGAAGCUUAAUCAUCAGUAGAUGAACCACCUGUUACCCUUCAAGCCAGGUAUUUCUCCACCUGCUGUACCUUUUUCUCCUCUGUCGUGCUUUGUCACAGCUGGUUGUGUUCUUGGCACAUUGACACUUGUAAUGCUGCAUCAUCUGGCAGCAGAUAAUUCAGAAGGGAAUGUGUUCCAAAACCAGACACUAGUCUAAUGAAGGUGUGUAUUCUGUGUACUAAAGCAAUAACUGUAUUUUAACUUGCACUGAAAAUAAACUGUUGACAUGGGAUUGUACCUGAUAAAGCUUCCUUUUUUUAUUAACUUCUUCAAGUUAAAAUGUUCUUUGAUGCUCCCGCAGUGUUGCUGUAUUAACAAAUAUAUUAAAAAUCAAAGUGUGAAUUUGGCAGAACUGCCAUCUUGUGCCAUUUUAGCAGCAGAUAUCUUUGUUUUUCCAUCUCCUCGGUGGUUUCCUCCUUGGCACUGGUGUGCUCUUACAAAUCCUGUGCUAAAACAAGAGAUGCCGGCUUCUGUGAAAGUCAUCUUCUUUGGUCUCUGCUUCUGUUAGUGUUUGAAUGGGACUGCAUAUGGACAAAUAUCUGUAUCAUGGGAGCUGAGGCUUUGCUACUUCUUGUGCAGUCGCUGACUCGAGUUACCAGUAAUUUCAUUUCACAGAAGAUUCCUAAAGUCCAGCUUCCUACAAGAGAAGUGCUGCGCUUUCCCGUUUCUCAGCCUGCUUAAUUCAACACUGCACAGACAGACAGUAGUGUAAAAUGGUUUUUAUUGGAAGAGCACAGAUCAGUUCCAUUCAGGGGUCAGGAGAGCAGCCUUUUAAUGGUGAUGGUGUCUUCACUGUUUGUGCUCCUAAUCCACAUGCUUUGUUCUUCUGCUAUUUUGCAGGCAUUUGCUGUUUUUCCAAAAGCACUGCCUUUUAGCUUCUGUCUCGCAUCCCUGCUUUCCUAUAUGGACCCAGUCCACUGUUAUUCUGUGGGCUGGUUUAUACAGUUCUGAGACUGGAAAGGUAUUUUUUUAUAUUUCCUCUCUCAUUUUUUUCAUCUAAGAUUGCAAACUCUUAAAAACUGCAACAAAACAUUGAAAGGAGCUUAGACUCCAUAGUGAGAAGGUUCUUUCUGAAUGCUCUCUGUACUAUCUGUGGGGUAAGCACUUAUGUUCAGCCUUUUAUUUUAAAUUCUCAUUAUCUGCUUGAGAUUUUCUUUUGGUGAUUGGAGACCCCUUUUUUUUUAACACAGCUAUUGACUCACUCACACGAUGGAGGUGUAGCAGAUAUCUUUUGUGAUGGUGUUUUCAUAUAAUGCACAAUACUGCUCUGAAACUGGAAGUCAUGGCCCACAGAUAACUUGCAUAUGUUUUCAACUUCUAUUCCCAGAAUAGCAAUCAUGAAAAUUCCACUACUAAUACAGAUGGUGCUGUGGUAGCCUUGUAACAAAGAAUUCUUGCAGGCAAGAUCAAUAUUUCAGGGAAAAAAAAGGGUUUUUUUCUCAGCACUUUUGAGGAUGUGGUCUGGAUUGUUCCUUUUCUCCUAUGCAUGCAUUUAACAGAUGAACAUUCCUUAUCUUGGGUUCUCAUUUUUGCCCACAUAUUUUGUGCAAUCAUUAGAUCUGAUUUCUUCUCUGCUUUAAAAAAAAAAGAAGAAGCUUUAAAAAGAUCUUUUUUUUAAACUUCAGAGAGUUCAAGACAAUGUUUUUGGUGCUUGGAUGGAGGGGUGUGUGAUGGCAUCACGAAGGUGUUUGCAUCAGCUGUAGAUGUGGCUUUGUUGAAGGUUUUUCUGCUUAAUUCAUGAUAUCCACUUACUAUAGAGGUAUAACUGCAUAUGAUUUAAUGAUGCUUUCCUGCAAACCUCCACAUCAUUCUUCUUACACUUACUCUGGAGCUUUUUAACAUGGUACUGUGCAUUCACCUGUAAAUUCAAAUACAGAUUGGGUCACAGACUGUAACACAGGGAAAGAACACAAUGCUGGCUGCAAAACUCAUGUCUUGUCUUUUUUAUAGUCAUUACUUCUUUGAAGUUAUUCAUUUAUAUAUACCCUGUUGUCAUUUCAAGAAGCAUAGGAUUCAAAGAAGCAUCCAAACCGCCUGUACUUGCUAUGGUUUAAUUCCUGUGUCCUCUGCUCCAGUCUUGAAAGAGAAGUCUCUUAAUAUGUCACAUAGCAAACCUUUCUCACGCUAUUUUUUUUUUUAGUGAAAAAAUCAAAUACCUCUUUUAUUGUUCCUGUUUGCUUCUGAAACCAGUAAAUGAUUCCAAGAACAGCAUUUUCCACCAACUGCCAUCAGCAAUUGUUGUUUAGAGAUGCUUAAUUGUUGGCAACCUGCCUUGGCCUUUCUGUCUCUCACAACCAACUGUGAUGUUCUCCUUUUUUUUUUUUCCUCCUCCUGGUUUUGAUACAUCUGGGUUAUUUAAGUGCUCUUUGGGUUGCUUUAUCCCAUUUCUUCCUGCUGACAUCUCUCCCUUUCUUUGUUAGGCUUAGGUUGCACAAAACCUAAACCUAAAACCUGGUAAGUUUUCAGCGCCAUCUUUUUUCCCCUCCCAUCUCUGUUCAAUCUCAUGCAAAGAACUCUGCUGUUUGGCUCAUUCGUGUGCUUAUGGAAUUUAAAGAAACACAUGAGGAUGCUUGGUAUUUAUUAGAGCUUUAUUGAUACUUACACAGCCACUCUCUACAGAGCAGUUGCUGAAGCAGGAGCCCUAUUUUCAGAAUUUAGAUAAAAGGGUUUGGAUUUCUCUACUUAAAUCAGAGCUUCGAUCUUUAAAUCUGAAAGAGGGAAAGAUUUUGCAAAAGAUUUCAAGAAUGAAUAGGUGGAUGGAAAGAGGAUGGGCUGCAGGUGUGGUGAUACAGGAAAGCUAAAAGAAGUAAGCAGCAAUGUGGAAACUUGGAACAAGGCUGCGAUAACACAGUCCUUGUUUCUGUCUUUCCUGAGUUCAGUUUUUUCUUACUGCUUGGUUAAAGUUUCAAUGGAAGAUAUUAGUUCUGUCAAGCCUGUUACAUUAUUCAAACUUAUUUUGCUCCUGCAUUUUUUUGUACUGAAAAUGCUUUUUUCUAUUUAUUUUCUUAGUUUCUCUUCAUUAGCCUUGAGAUCAGUAAUAGAGUAGAUAUGUUUGUGAGUCACUGUAUGAUUUUAUGUGCCAUAUUUUUUUCUUCCUGAUAUGCUGCUCAUUUUUUUUUUUUGUUACUGACUUUUCAUAACUCACAGCCCUUUCAUAUUUCAGUUGUUUGAAAAUUGAUCCCUUGCCCUUGAGGUGAGAGCUUUCCAAUUUGUUGAGCUCUAUCUCUGUACAGGGAGAAUAGUGCUUUGUAACUGGGGCCAGUGCCAUGUGCUUUGCUUUCUGCCACCAGCUUGUUUCAGUGGACCUGCUGCUACCUGGUUUGCUCAGUCCUAGUGCUGCUGUAAAAUGCAGAGAGCAGUUUGUGGUCUCUAUCAGUGUGUCCCUUCUUGGAUCUCAUAUACUUGCUAAGUGCUUGGAUUACUGAGACCAAUAAAUCCUUUCCUAGAGGCUACACAGAGUCUGACAGUCUUUCUUUUGUCCCCACACUUUACACCUGGGCUGACUGCUUCUCACCUUAUGAGAGCAGGUGCUCGUGGAGUAUUUGUCCUUGAACUGUUCUCCUGACUUCUGUGUACCUAAACUCAUGAUUCCAUUGCAUAAAAUGAUAAUGGGCUCGUACUUAUGAGAGGUUCUGUAUCAGAAAAUGAGCUAUCAAAAGUAGCUUGCCUACUUUUUCAUUGGCAAGAAAAAGAUUUCUGUAUAUGUGCAUAUAUUUCUGUGUAUUCUGUACAGAAUAUAUAUAUAUAUUCUGUAUAUGUUCCCUUAAAGUGGAAAGCUGCCUGGCCAAGCGUUCCUCUUUUUGAGUGGCCAGGUAACCAUCACCAUCUCUAGAAGUCAUCUGAUUGUCUGGUAGAGAAGACAGUUGAUAGUGCCUCUCCUCAGUGGGAUUUAAAGUAAGAUCCUGCCCUGCAAUCUCAGCCACAAAUGGCAUUGAAACCUAUUUGAAAGAAUGGAUUAAGGAAGAUCAGUUUGACUGAAGGAUCUCAGCAGUCUUUGUUGGAUACUUUUAUUAAAAUGUUCUGGGUUUCCUUGGAAGCAGCAGCGUAUCAAAUUGGAGAAAAGUAGAAGACUUCACACUUCUUUAGCUGCAAUCCCAAUGUGGUCCGUAGGUUUUUAGCAGCUUGCUGAAAGGUUUCUGUUCACAUGGCCACAACAGUGGUUUGGAGCUUGGGUUUGGGCACUCAGCUUAGGGACAAACUCUGCUUUUCUCUUGAGACAACUGGAUCAUCAGCAGAACUGUAACGAGCUUAUAACAAGAUGUUAUACUGAAAAUGAUUAUUGAUGGUUUGCUCUUAGCAUUUGUAGAAGUAUCUGGGUCUUCCCUGAGUUUGGAACUAAACAUUCCAACUCUAGUUCUUCUUGUAGUUGAAGUGCAUAGCUUCAGGCCAGCUGCUGCUGAAUUAUGUAGUGUCCCCCAGCUUCCUUCCUCUUCCCUACUUGCUAACUUCCCACGAUGAAGUCUAGGAGGCACACAAUUUCUGUAGUAGCUUCAAGUUGACGUGAAAUUUUGUCUAAAUCAGUGCUGUGUUUUUGUGUUCCUUCCUUGCGUUGCUUCUCGUAAUAUUCACUGCAAAUGUCAGACUCUCCUCAGUGAUACGUUUGGCACAGGUUAAGUGUAACAGACAAAGGUUUGCCCCAAGCCUGCCGAUGGGACAGCUUGGUGACUGCAAGUGAGUAAACAUUUUAAAUAAUUGAGUAUUUUAACAAGCAUCUUACGUACAUGUUUAAAAGGCAGCAACAACAGUGGGGCUACUGUAGGAUCAGAGCACUGUAAAUUUGAAUUGCUUACUAGAAGUUUAACCUCAGGCACCGGCUGUCAGCACGUUCCUUGUUUGGUCUGUGUGCGUUCUGACUGAACAGCAGUUGAAGAGUUACUUUUGAGAUUGAGAUUGUGGAUGUGAGGCUCCAAAUGCCGUGACGUUGUGAUCAGGUUUGUGAUGUUGCUGGAUCCUUUUUGAAGCUGCUGGCUCGGGCUGUGAGCAGGCUCCAGAGACACCAGUUCCGUUUGUUUGGGGGGUUUCAUUGGGAACAUUGAAUGGGGAAGCUCCUGCUCCUCUGGGAGUUGAUUUUGGUUUUGUUUUGACCACAAAAAGCCCAUACUGCCCAGCAAGUUCGUUCUGUACCCAAACACAGUGCUGUAAAUCUGUGCAGAAUGCUGACCGAUGAUGUACAAAAUAAUUGGAUUUUUUGUCUUCUGAGUUAGCGCUUUUUCUUCCAUUGGAGGACUCUCAGUUCUAUUCCUGGACACCGUUGUGCUCUGUUAUACUCACCCCUUUUCUGUAUGGAAUUACACAGUAAUUGCCACUCAGUACUAGAGAUCCAUCUUGUCUGAUGGCUUAUGACAGCAGGCACUUGUUAGAUGCCACAUAAGCUUUUUAAAAUCCAAUGGCUGAUGUCAGACACUUGAGAGGAAGGUGCCAGAAAACAAGCAGUAAAAAACUGUCAGGCAAUUUCUCCCUGAGGGAAGUGGGUUUUGGGGCUCCUAUGAGCUGGUUAUGUUACAAAAGAUAACAUUUUUUUUCUCAUAUUGCUGUUCAUUUUUUAAUAUUUCCUGUACAUCUAUUUUUACUAUCGUUAAAUGUAAAUACCAUUCUAAAUAAAUGCUUUCUGUCAAUGACAAGCAAGUGUGUUGCUGCUUUCAAAGUAGGCUAGCUAAUUUUUGAACAGAGAACAUCUCGUCCCAGCUGCUUUACAAAUGAAAUAACCAGCAAUGAAAAAGAUGUUCCACCUUUUGCAAUUUAAAGAAGUCCUCUUCGUUCUCAGAUGAGUACCUGCAAAGGGAUAAUACAUGUUGUGAGGCUUUUGUGGCCAUGUAUGCCUAGGUGCAGAGCAGAAUCCAGGCUGCUUUGCCCUAAAUGGUGCAACUCUUAGCACUGUUGACAGCCUGGCUUUGUCCGCACUGCCAUGGUUGUGGCAUAAGAUGCUGGACAGUUUUAACUUGGUGUGGCUUCCUCUCUGUCCUGUUUUCCCUGUCUCUCCUCACAGGCUAUCUCUGGGCUUCCUGAUUACUUCCUAUUUAAGAUCAGUAAUGACUUCUCUGUUAGAAUAAAUAAUGACUGUUGUAUUGCAGUGACCAUUAUACUGCAUUUCCAAAUGUCACCACGUCGAUGUACUUUGUGACAGAGAUGCACUUAGUGCAUGUGUAGUGGUAAGCUAGAAUGUCUGCACACUGAUUAAACGCAGGGAAAAUGUUACAUUUUUGAUACUAAAAUGUCUUGCUGUUAAUAAUCUACAUAUAACUUACCUGUGUCUUACGAUUAGGAAUUGUGAAGCGUGCAUACUUCAUGCAUUGUCAUUUAGUUCUCACUUCUAAGAGAAUGUUAAGCAGCUCCUUUUGUUACAGAUGCUGGUUCCCUGACUUCCAGUGCUGUUGCCCAACCUGCUAUCAAGCUUAUUUUGCCUCUCUAUUUUACAAUGUAAACAGGAAAUAACCUGUAAAUGGGAUAAUGCUCAAAGAAGGCCAGUCAGUUAAAAAGGCAAUGUGUUUCUACAAUGAUUGCAGAUUCUGCCAUGAGUGCAUUCAGUGAUUUAAGGAAAGAAAAAAACUAACACCUUUUACCAACAUUUAAAAUAGAUAUUUUCAGGUGUGUAAUUGUUGUUUCUGUUCAAAACAAAGUAUUUCAGCUUUGGAGGUUGCUCAGCAUUCAUUUUAAAUGCAGAGAAGCAUUUAAGCACUGGCUGUAACGUGUGAGUUGUCCCAUUAUAUGAAGGCUGAACCCUGCAUGACCCAGUUCCCACAUAGACCAGCAUGCAGAUGUUUUCCCUGCUCCGUAUUAAUCCUUAUGUAAAACAUUGUCACUGAAUUUCAACAGAUACAAGGAAUUCAGAUUCCUACAUGCCAUUACUGGCAAUGACAUUUAACAGAAGGUUCUUUUCAUUAUCUGUUGCAGUGCAUUUGCCACUCUGAGAGCACAUCACUGGCAUUAUGCUCAAGCUUUUCCUUGUUGGUUUUUGCAGAAUUCAGACUGCUCACUGAGUGGUGCAAGUCCUAUUGGGGUUUGUAUGUGCCAGUACCAAACUCAUUUACAGAAACUCAUUUUGGGGGCUGUUUGACUUCUUGCAUUUCGGUCUUACUUCCUGUUCAGAAGAAUUGAGCUGGGAAACCUCGUUUGCUCAGACCUACCUCAUUAAUGUUUAAUGAUUGUUUUGGUUUCUUUUUAACCUUUUGAUUCCACAACUGACAACAGGAUAUAUACACAACUGGCAGGAUAUAUAUAUUUAUUUGUUUGCUUUUGUGAGCAACUUUUUUUCUGGAAAGAAUACAGUGUGAUAAUAGAGCUGUAAAGAUGGGCUUUGUAAACAAGGCUUAAUUAUGUCCCAUUCAGCUGCUGGUGUAGAGAAAUGUUGAUGUGAUAUGGGAGAUGUUCCUUGUAGGUGGAUUAAAACCCCAUCAGUCUCCCCAGGUACCCUAUUUAAUAUACCAGCAAAGAGCUAGAGAACAGCUUGGUGAGCAAAUUAAGGAAAACCUGACUUGGGGACACACGGAUCUGAAAGUAUGGUGGGAGGCAUUGGUAAAGACUGAAAGGAGCUUUGCCUUUGAUUUCUUAUUCAUCAACCUCCCACAGUAUGCUAAGAAGAACAAACAUACUGUGAAUCUCUAGAUAGAGAGUUUCUGCUGUGUUCGUUCUGGGAGUGGAGAGUGGAAGUCAGUCUUGUUCAUAGGACAGCUUUCAGGAGGUGCAUGGUUCUCAUGAUAUGAAAGUGUUCUUUGUCCUAAGUUAAUGGAAUUAUUUAUCCUUACCCUUACUGCCAACCUGGUCAGUGUUGUGUAAGCAGCGCGUAAGAGGAGUGUUCUCAUUUCUGGUAGAUAAGAGGUACUCAGCUUCUAAAUGAGAUUUGCAUGGAAGCAGGGAAUUGCUAGGUUAGCGGAUAACUGCCAGAUGUAGUUUAAAAAGCCUUCUAUAAGAGUAGAACAGGCAAAAUAAUCCAAUUUGUCAGCAAUCCGGAACCAACUAACAAAGGCUAAGGGAAUUAUAUAGAAAACAGAUCCUCUUUCCGUUAACAGGGCUGUUCCCAGUUGUCUUGGCCUUGCAGGUGGUCUUGUUCCUUUUUGCUGGUGGUAAGGUUUCAUGGCUUUAUUUUGAAUGCUUUGGAAAUAGCCCCUUGCAGAGGACCUGCUCUUCCAGGACGUGUUGUGUUCCGUCAGGGCUGUGGAUUACAGGGAAGGGAACGUUCCUGUGGAAUGAUGCAAAGCCUUCGGGUCAGACCAAUUCAAGGAUACACAGCACUAUUCACCCUCCCUUUCCCCCCCCCCCCCCUUUCUAUAACAGCCUUGUUUUAAAGGGGAAAGAAACAGCAUUGUUGCAGUUUGUGCUCAUUUUCUGUGCUCAAUCUUCAGAACAUACGCUGUUACAGAGGUCUGUUUGGUUUUGAAUGUGGGCGUUCAAGAAGGUGAUCUAAAGGAGUAUCACCUCAGUAUGCGUAUAAGCCAUCCAAAAAUUGCUGAGGAUUGAGAAAUUUCAAAAUAUGAUUAACAUCAAUUGAUGUGCCCUCAAAAUAGGGCUCAUUUCUGGGGGAAAGGCUGUAAUGGAAAAUGUUCAGCUGCAGCAGUAAACAUGAUGUAUCUGUUCACACUAAAUACUUUACAGGCUGUGAUAGAAGGACUGCGAUCCAAACUUGAUUUUUUUUACACUAUAUUUCAUAUUCACUCAGUUGUGUGUAGAAAUGAGGUUGAGAGGAAAAAUAGCAUCUUAAAUUUCUACUUUUUCAUACUUGUGACCCGUUGGGUUUGAUCAAGCACUAUUGCCCACAGUCUUGUACAGCCUGUUACUCCUUCCAGCCUCCAGAAUUGCUGAUCAGUGUCUUUAAAGAACAGGAUAAGUUGUCUACAAGGAUUAACAACCAGCACUUUAAUUAAUUAAUACCCAGUUCAGAAAUCCCCAAUGCAUAUGGAAAAAAAACCAACUAGUGAAAUACUUCCCUCAUACCCGAAUGUCUGUGCUCUGGGGAUAAUAUGCCAUAACUGCCAAGCCUGGUUUCUGCCAGGCACAGCAGUCCUGUGCUGCACCAUCACGAUUGCUCCCUAUGGGGGUGUUUGCAGGCUGGGUGCUUAGGCAGCUGUGUUUCAGAACGUGAUGCUGAACUCGAACCAGGUUGCCCAGUCUGAGCCUUUUUUUUUUUUUUUUUACCUUGGGAUACACAUUUGUGUUGGUUUAACUCAUGUUUGUUUGAUCUCCAAAGAACCAGGCCUUGCACAGGGUGAGCCGUCAUCCAGACUGAGAUGGCCUUCUGCCAGCACCUCAUUUACUGGCUGCAGGCUCACCAGCCAGCCAGCAGCCCUUUGUCUCUAAGCUCUCUUCCAUUACAAAGUCUCUUUAUUUCAGGAAUAGCAAAGGACAAAGUCAUUCCAGUCCAUGUGGUUAGGUACUUUACGUUUCUGCUGUUUGUAUUGUUUGGGUUUUUUUGUUUUCUACUAAUGAUAUUAUUUGAGUGUUCCAGUCUGAACAUGUUUUCCUACAGUUCAUCCGGUUACUGAUGACCAUUUCCAUUGUUUCUCUUGAAUUCAAAUCUGCUGUCUUUUCCUGAGAGGAUGCAAGAUAAUGGGUUCCUACAGAAUGCAGCUGAAAAUCUGCAGACAUGAGUUUGCCCCUAACUAUUGAGGAGGAGCACUCUAUUCCUGCUGGCAGAGUUGCUCCUCCCAGAUACACACUCAGCAUUCAGUUUCUCCUUCUGGUUGAGAGGUGGACUCCAGCAGAGCAAAUCCAGACACACAGUGCCUUUUAGUUCUUGCUGCAUCAGAAGAAUAAGAAAAAGGGGAAUCAAUACAUCCCGGUGUACCCUUCUGUUGGCAGGAAGGAGCAGUGCUUGCAUGGUCUUUGCAGCCUGAAGACCCUGUUCUUCCUUGAGACCAUGCAUAUUCUGCAGCAGUUCUGCCUGCUGCGACUGGGAGAGGAGAGUUGGGUACCUUCAUCCAUGAUGAUAUCCUUAUGUUCAACUACGGUUGCGUGCAUUUCUCUUUGGGUCAAGAAUCUCUUCCCUACCUGUCUUGCUGUAGACAAUGGAAGGAUGGAGGUUGCACUCAUUUGAUUGAGGGAGUGCUUUGUGUCAUCAAAUUUUGCUUUUACUGUGUGAUGGAAGUAUAAUGCUCCAAAUUUGAUUCUUCUGUCAUCUCAGGAAAAUUUCAAGUCAUAUGUUUUUCUUAUUGAAUUGAGACCAAUAUCAAGCAGUGUUUUGCUGCUUUAGGUUCCAUAUUGCACCUUGAAGGAAAGCAGUGCAGUAGGAACUGUCUGAUAGGAACCAUUUGUCUCUGAUGCGGAAUGCUACCAUUCUUCCAUACCGUGUUAUAACUAGUGCCUCUGUGUUGCAGACAGCCAUUCCUUUCUCAUCUCACUUUUUGCUGUAGCUAGCACAUGCUGUCUCAUUUUCUGACAUUGACUAUCAUGUUACUGUUGGCUUUCUGUUGGUGUUGGCUGGCAUGGAGAGAUACUGGAGAAGGAAAUCUCCAUUCAUCAUUUUAUCUCUAAAUCCCUCUAAUUCCUUUGUAGUGGCAAUGAGUGUUUCUUCUUUAAGUUUUUGCUCUGAGCAAUCGGUUUAAAAUGAAAUCAUAGAAUCAUAUCUUAGAAUGACAGAAUGGCUUGGGUUGGAAGGAACCUCAAGGAUCAUCAGUAUUGUGAAGGUUUUUCUCUCCUUACUCCGGGCUGCUAGAAAAACCUAACAACAGACUUUACAUCAAAGAUUUCUUUUCAUCAUAUGCUAUUUUAGUUUUCAGAUCUGUGAUUUAAGCUCUUGUUUUCUGACAGAACAACAGAAGAGUAGUGUGGAUGGGAUGGGAACAUAAAUGCAUUUGCUUUUUGUUCCUGCAGUACUUGAGAGAAAGUGAAAUGUCACAGUGUAUUUUUCUUUUAACACCCCCAUAGAAAUGCUGCUUCAUGCUGUAUGUUGCUGUAGGAUCAAAGCCUAAGAGUACCACCAGAGCCACCUUAGAGAGCUUUUAUACUGAAGUGAGCCUCAUUUUUGAUCUAUAACCUGAAGAGAAGAUACUCUCAAUGAUUAGUACUACUUAAAUACCUUUGGGGAGUUCUUAUUUAAUUUGAUUUUGUUCUGUGAUUUGUGUUGUGUGAUUUUGUUUUUACAUCGCAGUUGUAAGAGGUGAACCCUUCAGUUUUCUGUGCUUCCUCAAUUUGAUUGAAAUUUCUAAACGAACAACUUCUA